AUGAGCGGCCCACGGAGUGGUUCAGUUAUCAUCUGUUUGUUCCUCAGCCAUCUCGUCCCUGCUCAACAGACGUGCGUCGAGACGACUCCGCCUCCCCCCACUCAAGUUGAUUGCUCCAACGCUAAGCUAGGCUUCUACGUUUGGCCACAGAGCCUAUGGAUGGACCCGUCCAACAGGGAGUUCAUAGACUUCGUGGCUCAUCCAGCAGUACGCAGUCUUAGCUGUGGUGGUGACCUGUGGUUCAACAUUGGGGAUUACUCGAAUGUUGGGAAGAUCAAGAACACCUACCGGUUGUUCCCUUUCAUACAGGAGCUUCGAUCAUCUAUCAGACCUGGUACCCAGCGCAGCUCUCGUGGUGUCAUCUACCUGGCUUAUGCGGACUUUACCGCCCAUGAUGAGCUGGCUCUGUUAGAGUUCAUAGACACCUUCUUCGAGUGGUUACUGUCACUGACCCCCGGAGAAAUCCUAGAAGUCGCUCCUAUCGGUAUCUCUCUUGAUGUUGAAGCCAGCCCGUCUGAGAUGGUCUUUAAUACCCUUGUCAAACUACGUGCUUACAAGUAUACGUACCUCACUGACAUCCCAGAAGACGCCUUUCUCAUUCAGCACGUCGUUUCUGGUUUUCCCAGCCCACAGACCACUAAAUACGUCAUGGAGUUGGCCGACAGUGCUCUAUUCCUUGUGUACCGUUCGUACAUGUACGACACUAGCAGCAUGAACUUACUACCAGGUAACAACCUUUUGGGUCGGUUCCGUUGGUUCAUCACACAGCAGUGUGAGGAUUGUCUUUCGCCUGGGUAUCAGCCUCGCGCGAAGAUUACCGUCUUGGUUGAGGCUGACUGUAAUGUGUACGAGUACUGUGGCCUCAUCUCGUUCUGCGCACAAAAUGACGGUGGAAUCAGCAACGUCGUGAGUACACUUGAGGUGUUCUGGAGCGAGCUGACCAUAUCUGGCUUGCUCACCCAGGAGAGGUUCGAUGCUCUCAUGAACAAGGAUUCGCCUUACGGUAUACAUAACUGGGUCUGGUCGCGCUGUCUUUUCCCUUCAAACGUCUCGGGCAACUACUCUAACUGCGAGGCCAAUUUCGAGACGCUCGCACAGGGAUGUCGUGCUCGAAGCAAUUUUGCUCGCUAA